UUGGAACGGAGUACUUGAACCGCAAAUUCUGAGAAAACAACUAUAUAUACAGCUAGCAAGGGGCAGCAGCUUUAUGUCCACUUGGAUCAUCUCCCGACACUAGCGGUGAGAAGCUAGCUGCUAGCAGUGCGGUUUCAAAGCCAAUCGGAUCCGGUUCAGGGAGCAGAUGAAUCAAUCAACAGAGAAGGCCGUAGCUAUUUCGAUGGACAAGGAGCUGGUGGAAGCAGCGAAGAUGUUCCAGGUUCAGGCGCGCGAGGCAUCGAACAAGUUCAAUGAAGAGUACAAUUCCAGCAAGAUGGACACGAUGAUCCACAGGUUCCCUCCAGGGCUUCGCGAGAUCAUCAGCAGAGGAUACAAGUUCAUGGUCGUCCCGACAUUCGUCGCCAUCGGCCCGUACCACCACGGCAAGGAGCACCUUGAGAAGAUGGAGGCGGUGAAGAAGGCCGCUGCCCGCUACUUGUGGGAGCGCAGCCAGAAACUCGAGCAGGCGGUGAAGAACGCCGCUGCCUACUACUACUUGUGCCAGAGCAAGGGCAGUGGUGAAAACCUCGCGCUGGAUGGCCUCGACGAUGCCACCAAGGCGGUCGUGCUCGCCGUGAACGACGCCCGCGGCAGCUACUUCGCUGACGAAACCGGAGAAGGUAUGAGCGUGACCAAGGACAGCGCCCGAUUUGCAGAGAUGAUCAUCUGCGAUGCUUGCUUCCUGCUGCUGUACAUGGAGGCUUAUGUCAGAUCCUACGGCGGAGAAGAAGCUGCUGACGACGAGGUGAACGAGUCCAUGCGACGCUUCCUCUUCGGCAACCGGCACCGCAUCAACAACGACGUCAUGCUGCUGGAGAACCAGGUGCCGUGGCGGGUGAUCCGUGUCCUCAUGGAUCUUGGGAGUGACCUGUGGCUCAAGGGGUCUGUGCAGCAUUUCGUCGCGGCCAUGGCGAGCUCAUUCAAGAUCCGCGAGUCUUCCGAGCUCGAGCUUUAUGAGUGGGAUGAUGAAAAGAACCCGCCGCCACAUCUGCUUGCGCUCCUACGGUUGCACAAAAUCGAAGAGCCUAACAAGAGCAUCCACCGAGCAGCAGAACCGGGAGGAGGUACGGCUAGUGUUGAUGAUGGUGGUGAUGUUGAAAAUGCUCUGCAGGAUCCACUCAUCAACCGAGAUGGCACACAACCACCAUCCACCUCAUCAACAGCAACCCAACAAGCAGGGAAUCGCCAAGUGGUCGUCUCGGCGAUUUCUCCCAGGGAGCUUCAAGAGAUCGGCAUCAAGCUGACGGCCAACAAGACGGAGGCGAUCUCGGACAUGGGCUUGGAGGAAGGAUGGCUCUUCUUCAGCCGAAUCACCCUGGCGCCGCUGUCCCUGAGCGACGCAACAGCGUCUUGGCUCGUCAACAUGGCGGCGUUCGAGGUUUGCUCAGCCUCAAGGUUCGGUGACCCACCCGGUAACACCGCCGUCUGCUCCUACCUCGCGCUCCUCGCCUUCUUCAUGGUUCGAAGCGAGGACGUGCGCAAACUCCGGUCGAUGGGCCUCCUGCACGGGGCCGACAGCGACGAUGACACGCUUGCCUUCUUCAACACCCUUAAGAAGCACCUCCCCGACUACGGAAGACGUUUCGCCGAAGUUAUGGCAGGCAUCGAGGAGUACAAACACAAGAGGCGCGUCAUCACCACACCAUACAGAUGGGUUUACAACAACUGGAAGACCGUCGGCGCGGUGGUGUCUAUUAUGAUCGCGACGGCGACUACCAUUGCUGCGCUGAUUAAUUUGUACAAGGCGCUCCUCUCACUCAUCCACAACAACUGAUGCAGAUCGAUGCAGUACUGCAGUGGCCAAGUUGUUUAACUAGUUAGUACGUACUACUCAUUUUGAUUUGAAUAAAAGCUCUGUAAGCUGCAUUGAUUGGAGCAGCACAAACA